AUGGGUGUUCAAGGUCUUUUGGGCAUCCUUAAAUCAGCAAGUCUUGAAACUAAUAUUAGCCAAUACAAGGGGAAAACAGUUGGUAUAGAUGGUUAUGCAUGGCUCCAUCGCGGUGCCAUUUCAUGUGCGCGAGACUUAGCUACAGGCAAAUAUACAACACGAAUAGAAAAGUCUCGUGAAAGUUCUCGAGCUGAAUGUUUGGAACAAGGCAUUAUUUUGCUUAGACGUGGACAGUCUCAAGAAGCAGAAAAAUUCUUUCAAAAAGCGGUCGACAUUACCCCAGAGAUUGUGGCGCAAGUCAUUGAGAUUUUAAGGCGAGAAAGCAUUCAAUAUGUUGUGGCUCCUUACGAGGCUGAUGCUCAACUAGUCUAUUUAGAAAAAAUAGGCAUCAUUUCAGCAAUUAUCUCUGAAGACUCAGAUUUACUUGUUUUUGGCGCACGCGUUUUGCUAACUAAAAUGGAUGAGCAAGGAAAGUGUGUUUCGGUUGAGCGUAAAAACUUUAAAAAUUGCAAAGAAUUGGUUCUUGCUGACCUUACAGAUUCCCAGUUUCGUGCCAUGGCUCUAUUUUCUGGCUGUGAUUAUUCAAACGGUAUCCCUCAAAUAGGAUUGAAAAAGGCCCAUUAUUAUAUUCGAAAAUACACAACAGCAGAAAGAGCUUUGAGAUGCUUGAGAUGCGAUGGAUAUGACAUACCGGCAAACUUUGAAAAAGAGUUUGAGCAGGGAGAUACUACAUUUCAAUACCAACGAGUAUAUUCAAUUUCUGAAAAAAAACUUGUUCAUUUAAACGACCCGCCUAUGAAACUAAGUCCUGAAGCCGAAAUAUAUGUUGGUCAAAUGGUUGAAGAUGAAAUAUGUCAAGGUGUGGCAUCCGGUAAUUUAAAUCCCUUCACCAAAAAGUCCAUUAAACAAUCUAUAUUGCAUAAGACCCCAAAGCUUGCUUCUUUAAAUUCUUCUACCACUACCACUACCACUACCACUACUUCUUGGGCUAUACCAGCAACUAAUAAUAGGGUCUCCAUACCAACAACUGCAUCCAAUAAUACUAAAAUUACUGAAUUUUUUACACCAUUGAAACAAAAUAAAGUAAAUCUAGCCAAACAUGCAUCAACUUCAUAUACACCUAAAAUCAGUAGUCGACCAGCAGUUCGUAGUAAUAACAAUGAAACCACUCAACCUUCAAAAACACCAGAAACAGUUCAAAAAUCAUUAGUUCGAAGAAGAAUUGACAGGUUUAUGGGUCCAGCAGAUAAAAAUAGCAUUGCAUCAUCUGCAUCUUCCCAAGCAACUAUUACUGAUCCUAUAUCAUCAACUGCAUUUGAGACGACUUUAGGUAAUACUGAAGAGAAAACCGAGUCAAUAAUUCAAAAAAGUCAAGCUGUCAGCAAGUUUUUUUCUUCUGUUCCAUCGAGAUCAAAAACGGUAGAAGAUUCUUCGGAACCAAAAGUUCAAGAAGACAAAUUUGUUAGCAAUUUUAUUUCUUCUGUCACAUCGAGAUCAACAACUUUGGAUGACUCUUUUAAAUUCCCAUCUGAUUCAGAUUCCGAUGACGACUUUGAUACUUACACUGCACCAUCACAAAAACCAAUUUUCUAUACACCCACAUCUUCAUCUUCAUCUACAACUAAAAAAAAUUUAAACAUUUGGUCUCGUUCUUCUAAAAUUAUUUUUGAAAAAAAAGAAGACAACAAAAUCACUGCUCUUACAACCUCUCAACGAGAAAAGGUGGCAGAUCUCCAAAAAUUUGCAUAUUCAACAGCAUCAUCUACAUCGACAGUCACUCGGAGAUCCAGUGCUAUUCGUUCAAAUGUACAAAUGGGGGUUUCAACUUCAUCCUAUGAGACACCUCAGAGCACAAAACCUAAGACUUUUAAAGUAGCGGAUCCCCGUGAACUGAUUGAUCCAGACUCGGACUCUGGUUCUUCUGAUGUUGAGACUCCAAAGCACAUGCGUGUCAGCCAUAAUGUAAGUUUGACACGUAAGGAUACAAGCAAUUGCUCACACCUACAAAGUCCUACUCGGGGAACACCUACGAAAAAAAUCAGAGUAACGACUACAACUUCUCGUGCAUUAUUUACAACUACUGGGACAGCCUCUUGUAUGGUCAUUGAUGUUGACAAAGAGUCUUCACCUACUCCAUCUUUAGACUCUUUAUCUAGCAUCUCAAAUAAGUUUUCACAGUUUAGUUAUGUCCCAAAGAAAUAG